AUGCGCUACGAGGACUGGGAUAUCCUGCUCUUCCCGCAGGACUCAAAGGUCCCGGUGAAGGAGUUCAAAAUAUCGAUUCAUUCCUGGAACGACUUCCCGCCCAUCAGCCAGUACACCAAAUCCUACAGCAAAUACUCCGAGACCGUCAAGUUCGAAGCGCGUCUGUUCAUAGACGGGCGGUUCAUAGCGUGCGUUGGCCCAGGAUGA